GAGUUGCAGUGCAGCAGCUGGGCGCGAGUCGUGUUGGCCGGCACACGACGGUCAGUGUGUGCAGGGACUUCACAAUGGCUAGGGUACUGCUCAGCACCGUGCGCUCCUAUACUCUCAAACUCUCCGCAUUGCAGCUUCCAAGGAGCACCUGUGUCUGGAAGAACACUGCCAAACAUUUCAGCACCACACACCGCCAGUUGUCAAAUUACAAGUACACAGAGAAGCAUGAGUGGGUGGCUGUUGAUGGCAAUAUUGGCACCAUUGGGAUUACAAAUUAUGCUCAGGAAGCUUUGGGAGACAUAGUCUAUGCCCAACUACCAGAGGUGGAGACCCAGUAUGAACAAAUGGAGGAGUGUGGUGCCUUGGAGAGUGUGAAGGCUGCCAGUGAGCUGUAUUGUCCAGUGUCAGGGAAGGUCACUGAGAUCAACACAGCUGUGGAGGACCAGCCGUCACUCAUAAACAAGAGCUGCUAUGAUGAAGGUUGGUUAUUUAAGUUGGAAUUGACAGCUCCAUCAGAAAUUGAUGAACUGAUGGAUGAAGCAGCUUAUGAAAAGUUCUUGAAGGACAGUGAAGAGUAAGAGCAGCAAACAAGCAAGGCACAAGAGCAGCACCUACUACCAAGCCACUGGGCAUGGGGCACUCAUGGUAGGCAGGACAUGUACAGUAGAUACACUCCACUUGUAUCAUAUUUAUAUAUGUAUACAUAUGUUCAGUUUACACAACUAUGUUACUAAACUGGACAUCUUUCACUUUUAUACCACAAUAAAACCACAUAAUUAGAAUGGUCUUUUAAGUAAUGGACUACAUGCUUAGAAGAGUCAGCCACAUCACAUAUUUGUUGAAAGUAAAAUUAAAUUUUUUUUUCCAGAUGAUGUUCCUUCUUUUGUCAAAUAUUCACUCAACAUCUUUGAAGUAUCUGCGGGUUUGUUUGAUGUGUAGCUGUGGGAAUGUCUUCAUUUAUCUUUUGGUUAUUUCCAUUCUGCUCUUAUGUGAUCCCAUCAAAGAGAUGCAUUGUAUCAAACAGAUUUCCUGUUGUGGGUAAGGGAAAUCCUGUUUUUUAUGGUUUGUAAAUGUAUAGAAAUUAUGAUGAAAAGAUUAUUUCUGCUUCAUUAUAAUUCAUUUUCUUUUGAUAAAUAUCUACUAGCUACUAAUGCUGCUGGUAUUUCCAUCCUAUUAGAAAAACUGUUACCUUAUUUCUUAUGAGUGACACACUGAAUAAUAGCUAUCUUCAUUUCCUGAAUAUCUAUUUUGCAGUAUGAGUAUGGUCUUUAGCUACAUCAUGUCACAUAGAUGUACAUACUCUGUCAAGUGCAUGCCUUGGUUUGAUGUGCAGGACAAACACAAAAGAGUGAAAUUCAAGCACAUUUGAAUACUCUCAGUACAUAGCAAACACUUGAACAAAUUAAGCAGUGUUGUUCCAAAGGUACAUAAACUUGUGAUUCUCUUCACUCUUACCUACUUGAUCACAUGAGGAAACAUGUGAAUCAUCAUUGUUAUGAAUUGCAGCUCAAAUAAGGUGAGUGGGUUGCCUUAAGCUGUAGUGUACCAUUAUCUUGUUGACCUGCCGUGUAAGGCUCACCUUUGUGUUGUUUGGUGGUGUUGGUGCAAUUUCUGUGUUGAUGGUUUUCAAGUAUAUUAAAAUUUGUAGAGAUUUAAUACAAUUCAACAGGAACUUUUUUUUGUAUAUAAUGGGUUAUUUUGUUUUGUUUUAUUAUAAUUAUUUUUUGCACUAGUUGUUGAUACACUGGAAAUGACAGUGACAACAUUUCAAAAUGUUUUACUGGCAUGUCAGUUGCAUUUAAAUGUUAGUAAUACUCUGUAGCUAGUGCACCUUGCACAUGAAUAAGAAAAGCAGUAAACAUUGAUUGACAGGACAAUGACUUGACAAAUGUGGGCUUUAUUGUGGAAAUGAGAUGUCAUAUUUUUAUGAAUGUGAUAUACAGAUAGGACCCAUUACUGGUGUUAUCUUCAUUGUGGAUCAUUACCAAGAGUUAUCUGAAAUCCUCAAAACAGUGUUACACCACCAUCACAUUCCCUCUUUGUUAUCACAUGGUAGUUAAGCUGUAAUCAUAAUCUACGAAGAUACUCUGCUGCAACAUUUAUUUAAAGGGUUUCUGUAAUUG